AUGGUGGUUAGUCGUGUGCAGCAGCUGCCCGGCGACUGCGUUCUGUGCCACGGCGCGGGCGGCGGGGGGCCGAUCGGGCUGCUGUGUCACGUCAAAGUGUGCGGCACGCUCGGCGCCGCGCUCGCGCCGCGGCGCGCGUGGGACGCGCCGGUCCCAGGCCAAGCCGCAGCCAGCAGCGGCGGCGGCGGCGAGGCCCAUGGCGGCGGCGGCGGCGGGGCGUCGGACGAAGGGGACGAGGGACUCGCGGGGCUGCGGCCGGGCGCGGCGGCCGCGGCGGGAUGGGGCGAGGAGGAGGGGCAGGAGGAGGGCGGCGGCGGCGGCGGGCGGUGGGGCGUGAUGUUCAGCGCGGCAGACCACCAGCCGGGGCUGCACCUCGUGUCUUGCGGCCACACCAUGCAUUACGGCUGCUUCCAUUCCUACUGGUGGGUGGGCCCGGCGUCUGCGGGGAUCGGGCCGGAUCUGAUGACGUCAGAUGACGUCAGAUUGGGGCGGCCAGGACUGGACCGUGAGGGGCGCGGCGUCGAGACGGCGUGGGAGCUGGGUGACCCGCACCCCGGGGAGGGCAUCGUGCGUAUGGAGCGGCGGGAGAUGCUGUGCCCGCUGUGCAAGCGGGUGACCAACUCGCUGGUGCCCUGGGUGGGGCGCAGGGACGAGGAAGCUGUCGGGCAGCUGCCCGCGGAGGACGGCGGCGCGAUGGAGGAGGGGGAAGACGAAGGGGCGGGCGCGGACGAGGGCCCCAGCGCGCCAGGGGCCGCGUUCCUGCACGAAGGGGAGGACGGCGGCGGCGAAGGGGACGGCGGCGGCGGCAGUGGCGCGGAAGGCAGCGGCGGCAGCGACGACGGCGGCAGGGAGGAUGAAGAAAUGUCGGAUGGGUCCUCGAGCGACCUGCUCGGCGGCGGCGCCCCCCGCUACUUUGAGGCCGCGGCCGCCGGCACCGUCCGGCCCGGCGCCGGCGCGCACUGGCCGGCCGUGCGGCGGCUGGCGCGGCAGGCUGCAGACGAGCUGGAGUGGCACUGCCUGGAGCUGCGGCGGCUGGUGGACAAUCUGACGAAGCCCGGCUCCCGCGCCGCGCCCCUAGCGUCGCCCGGCGCCGCCGCCGCCGCCGCCUGGGCCAUGGCAACGCAGGCCGCAGCCGCCGCCGCCGCCGGCGCCGGCCCCGCAGGGGGGCUGAGGAUCCGCCUUCCCCCGCGGAUGCUGCGGGCUGCCGCGGCGGCGAUGCAGCGCGCAGGCGGCGGCGGCGGCGCGGCGCCGAUAGACCUGCGGGGAGCGGAGGCGCGGAUCGAUAAUGGGCGGGUGGUGCUGGUGUUGAGGGAUGGGGAGCGGGAGGUGAUCUUGGGGGCUGGCCAGCAGCAGCAGCAGCAGGAGCAGCAGCAGGAGCAGCAGCAGGAGCAGCAGCAGGAGCAGCAGCAGGAGCAGCAGCAGCAGCAGUGGGAUCAUGUGAUGUUUGAGGCGGAUGAGGGGGAGGACGACGACGACGACCCGUUGUCAGAGGAAGACGAGGAGGCACGCCUGCACAUGCAGCUGCAGCAGCAGCCAGACCGGCACGGCCCCCCGCAGCAGCCGCCCCCGCAGCCCCCCGCCUCCGACGGGGCGCUCGGCGGCGGCGGGUGGAGCGCCGCGGCGCGGCUGGAGGGGUGCGGCUGGAUGCUGAGCCGGCUAGGGGGCCUGUCGACCGAACAGAUCCUCUGGUCUUGCCUGGCCCACGGCGUUGCCCAUGCCGAGGCGAUGGCGCGCCCCUCGGCGCCCGCGCUCUGCGCGGCCGCCGGCGGCGGCGGCGGCGGCCCCGGCGACGCUGGCCCGCAGGCGGUCGCCCACCAGGCGCGCGCCCUGCAGAGCGUCGCGACGCUGUGCUCGACGGCCGCGGCGGGGGGCGGCGGGGACGAUGGGGGAGACGUGGGGCCCCUGCAGACGGCGGCGGCAUGGCUGCUCUCCUGGCUGGAAGGAGGGUGCGCGCAGCACGGCGGCGGCGGCGGCGGCGCGCCGGCGCGGGGUUGGCGGGCGCUGCUGCCCGCGGCCGCGCCUUCCGCCCUGGCGGACCAGCCGGUCUCCGGCUUUGCGGCCGCCCGCGCGCAGUCCUCCGUGCCGCUGCUCGGCUGCUGCGAGGCGCUGCCCGGCCGGGUGCUGCCGCGCCUGCUGGCCGCGCUGCGGCCGCGGCCCGCCGCGGGCGGUGGCGGCGGCGGCGGCGCGCGUCAGGACUCCGGGGACGAGCAGCCGGUCGCUGAGUCAGCCGAGCUGGGCCCCGCGCCGUGGGCGCGGCUGGCCGGUGACGCAGCGUCACCGGGUGACCCCUGGGUGCUGCUGCUGGAGCUGCUGGUAACGACGCUGGCGGCCGCGGAGAUGCCCGCGCCGGCGGAAGCCGAGCGGGCGGCGGUCGCGGCGGGCGACGGCAGGCCGGUCGCGCGCGCGGCGGCGCCGGACGAGGUGCUGCUGGCGUUGCUGCGGGUGGUGGUGCCGCUCGCGGCCGGCCAGGCCGCCCUGUGGUGCGCGCUGCGCGCCCGGGCCGCGGGCGCGCUGCCCGC